CUGACCACCAGGGGGCGGAAACCAAUGAUCCGAUGUCAACAACAAACAGAAGAAGACGGCCAUGAGCACGACAGGCAUGUUCGCCGUUCUAAAGGAGAAAGUUGGGCAGGUUGUGGUCCCGGGAGACGAGUUCUGCUUCGAUGCCGAGAACACCAUCUCUCUAUCGGAGAGCGCCAAGCCGGACCGCGCGGUGUGUGGGCCGGGGCUGCGGCGGACCGGAGACCGCUUGGUGGUGAUGAAGAGCGGCGUGCUGCGGCACAAACCGCCGCUCACCUUCUGGAUCGAGUCCCAGCAGAAGCGGUAUGUGGCCACAAAAGGGGAGACCGUGAUCGGGAUCGUGACGGCCCGAGGAGGAGACAUCUUCAGGGUGGACUUUGGCGGCAGCGAGCUGGCGUCUCUGUCUUACCUGGCGUUUGAAGGAGCCACCAAGCGGAACCGACCCAAUGUUCAGGUGGGCGACUUGGUGUUUGCUCAGUUCCUCAUCGCCAACAAGGACAUGGAGCCUGAGCUGGUGUGCAUCGACGGGUCGGGGCGAGCCAAUGGGAUGGGGGUGUUUGGACCAGGAGGUCUUCUCAUCAAAGUCUCGCUGGGGCUGGUCAGAAGGCUGCUGGCCCCCAAAAGUGACAUCCGCUCAGACCUGGAGCAGCUGUUCCCCUGCGAGCUGGUGGUGGGCAUGAACGGCCGGGUGUGGGUGAGGGCGUCCAGCGUCCAGCAGACCCUGAUAGUGGCAAACCUGCUGCAGAGCUGUGACACCAUGACGACGCAGCAGAGGCAGCAGCUGUUCAAGAAGGUCCAGCAGGGGGCGCUAUAGACCCAGAAGAAGCCUCUGAAGACUGGGUUCAGACAGAGCACUGUGAUUGGUCAAGCAGGACCAAGUCAGUCUCUACAGAACCUUCUGGACCUGUUUGUGUUAAUGGCUGUGAGUAACUGAAGUGUGGCUCAGAGGUCAUGUGACAAUCACAUGACAACAAGGGCUUCAGCAGGAAGCAUUUGCUUUUGUUCUAAAUGUUUAAAUAAAGUUUUUUUAUUAUUUUGUA